AUGUUCAAGUUUGCUCUGGCCCUGACGCUCUGUUUGGCGGGCAGCCUUUCGCUGGCCCAGCAUAAUCCCCAUUGGUGGGGCAAUCGCAACACCAUAGUCCACUUGUUCGAGUGGAAAUGGACGGACAUUGCUCGGGAAUGUGAGAACUUCCUGGGACCCCGAGGCUUCGCCGGAGUGCAAGUAAGCCCGGUGAAUGAGAACAUCAUCGCUGCGGGUCGUCCCUGGUGGGAGAGAUACCAGCCGAUCUCCUACAAGCUGACAACGCGCUCGGGAAAUGAGGAGGAGUUCGGUGACAUGGUCCGUCGCUGCAACGAAGUGGGUGUCCGUAUCUACGUGGAUGUGCUCCUGAACCACAUGUCCGGCGACUUCGAUGGAGUGGCCGUGGGCACCGCCGGCACAGAGGCGGAACCUAGCAAGAAAUCCUUCCCUGGCGUUCCCUUCACAGCUCAGGACUUCCAUCCCACCUGCGAGAUCACAGACUGGAACGAUCGCUUCCAAGUGCAGCAGUGCGAAUUGGUUGGCCUCAAGGACCUCGACCAGAGCAGAGAGUGGGUGAGGAGCAAGCUGAUUGAGUUCCUGGAUCACCUCAUCGAAUUGGGUGUGGCUGGUUUCCGAGUGGAUGCCGCCAAGCACAUGGCCGCGGAGGAUCUCGAGUACAUCUACGGCAGCCUGAGCGACCUUAACAUCGAUCAUGGCUUCCCCCACAAUUCCCGUCCCUUCAUCUUCCAAGAGGUUAUCGACCAUGGUCACGAAACAGUUUCUAGGGAUGAAUACAAGGACCUGGGUGCAGUCACCGAGUUCCGUUUCUCCGAGGAGAUUGGCAACGCCUUCCGCGGCAACAACGCAUUGAAGUGGCUCCAGAGCUGGGGCACCGGCUGGGGAUUCCUACCCUCGACUCAGGCCCUGACAUUCGUGGACAACCAUGACAACCAGAGGGAUGCGGGAUCCGUGCUGAACUAGUCCCCCCGACAGUACAAGAUUACCACCGCCUUCCAUCUGGCUUACCCCUACGGCAUCAGCCGGGUGAUGAGCUCGUUUGCCUUUGACGAUCACGACACUGCUCCGCCACAGGAUGCGCAGGAGAGAAUUAUCUCUCCCAAGUUCGAUGAGGAUGGGGCCUGUGUGAACGGAUGGAUCUGCGAGCACCGCUGGCGACAGAUCUACGCAAUGGUGGGCUUCAAGAAUGCCGUGCGGGACACGGAAAUUUCCGAGUGGUGGGACAAUGGCGACAACCAGAUCUCCUUCUGCCGCGGCAACAAGGGCUUCCUGGCGGUCAACAACAACCUGUACGACCUGUCCCAGAACCUGAACACCUGCCUGCCCGCCGGAACCUACUGCGAUGUGAUCUCCGGCAGCCUGAUCAACGGUUCCUGUACGGGGAAAUCGGUGACGGUUAAUGGACAGGGGUACGGCUACAUCCACAUCGGAUCCGAUGACUUCGAUGGUGUCCUGGCCCUGCAUGUUGAUGCCAAAGUCUGAUUGAAGG